ACACUCCUUAUAAACAACUAACUAACCUAACACUCUCACUCACUCACUCACACUCUCUCUUUCUUACUCGGAUUUGAUUCUGUUUCUGCAAAACUAACUUAUAAUUUCCAGUUUCUUGAGAUCUUCACUUCACCCCCUCGAAUCUUCCUUCGCGAUCUUUCUCUCUCCUCUUCAGCCCUUACUUAACCUCUCUCGCUCCGCUCUCAUUAAUGGGAGCGGAUAUAGGUGGGUGAGUUUUAAACAUUUUCUCUGAUUUUCUCUCUCUACAUUCAAAUUGGAAAUUCGUGAAUCGUGACCUAGUUUUAAUUCAGCUUUCAAAUUAUUUCAAAAAUAUGGCGCUUGUGGUGUCUACUUUUUGCGGCGGCGAAGAGAAGGAGAGGAGGUCGUCGUCAUUUAGGAAGCCAUGGAUGCUGAAAGACUACCUCGGAGACGAUUUAAGCUCGUGCUCCUCCAAUGGCUUCCGAUCGUUUCCUCGCCGACAAUGCUGCGCCGCGGUUCGCGGCAUUAUCGAGAAAGAGGUGAUUCGAAACGGACGGAAUAACAAUACGAAGAAACGAAUGCUGGUUAAAAACCGGAGCAUUUCGUCGACUCUUCAAAGAGCUUCGAUGGCGGUGAUUAACGCCGUGAAGCUACUUCCGUUCAAUUCCCCGGCGAAAAAUGCAGUGGAUUCCGGCGAAGGAAAGCGGUUUUUGCCGAGAAGCUUCUCGAAGAAGCUGUUUAGGAGAAGCUUCUUCUGGAAGAAAGAGAGGAGUAAUAAUGUGGUGGUUGUUAGAAAGAAGAAGAAGGAUGAUCAUGACGAUGAGAUCGAACGGUGGAUAUCGUCUGGUGUUGUUGGGAAAGAGAAGUAUCAGCCGUCGGAUUUGUCUAAUGAUACGACGGUUACGAUGACGAGUGUCAGUAAUAACAGUGACGGUAAAAGUGAUUCAAGUUGGUCUGAUCUUACGUUUACCUCUGAUAGCUUAACCUGCUCCAGUGAAAACGACACCGUUGAGAGGAGAGAGAAAAUGGAGGAGGUCAGCAAAAGAGUUGGCGUCAUAGCCGGUGAGGAUUCCGUUGAGCCAGCGGUUGCUAAGGAGAAUAUGUGGUUCAAUGAAGAGGUUGAGAAAGAACAAUCAAGUCCAAUAUCCGUCUUGGAUUUUCCAUACAACAACGAAGAAGAAGGUUCCUCACCCUUCACCCUUAGAGUAUCAAGGCUAAAAGGGACUAAAGAAAGGCUUAUGGAAAAGCUUGGAAGAUUUGAAUGUCUAGCAGGACUAGAACCCAUUAAUCUUGAAAGCCUAAUCUCUUCACAAAAGAUAGAAGAUCGAUCACCUAAACAUUCAAUCCUACCUUGCUCAACACCUAGUUAUAUUCUGUCUAGUGAAAGCGAAGAAGAUGAAGAAGAAGACGAAGAGGAAGAAGAAGAAAGCCAUGAAAGCGAAGUUGAAAGACAAGCGCAACAACUUCUUAUCAUUACAAAGUCAAGAAUACCAUCCAAAAAUUAUAACUUUGAGCUAUUUGAAAAUGUACUACUAGAUUUCUUUCGCGAAAAUGUAACACAAAAGGCAAAUGAGUCCUUGUUACAAGCAGCCGAGGGUUGGAUAAACGGACAUUAUGACACAUUAAUAUUAGGGUGGGAAGUGAAGGAUAAGAGGCAAGCCUACAUUAAGGACAUGGAAGAGGGAGGAUGGUGGCCUAGAGAUACGACGUUAGAAACAGAAGAAGUUGCAACAAAGCUUGGAGAUGAGGUUAUGGCACAUUUGAUUGAUGAACUUAUGGUUGAAUAUUGCUCUUCCUAGCUAUGGAGUCCUUUGACAUAAAAUUCGAAAAGAGCGGUAUAGUUAAGUAGAACUAGUACAUUAGUAUUAGCACUACAAAUUUGUGAAUAUUUGCAUAGAGGACUUCUUAUAGUAUUACUUUUGUAGUAUUAGUUUUCAAUAAGAUAGGAGGAGAUCCAAUAGCUACUACAACAAAGAGUUGAUUAUUCCAUGUACUUUGGUUCUUCCUUUUUCUUCAUCUCAAAGAAAAAGGAGGGAGAAAUUUUGAAUUUUAGUAAUCAAAUAGUUUAUUGAAAUUUUA